UAAGAGGCUGCCGUGGAUCUGCUGCUGAUAUGGAGAGCCUUACCAGACACUGAGCGGGCAACUUUAGUGAGCCGACUGGACGGAUAACGCGCUUUAAUGGCUGCUUUCCUAUCACGUUAACAACUCCAAACAUGUCCAAAAGCCUGAAGAAGAAAAGUCACUGGACUAACAGAGUCCACGAGGUUGUGUUAUCCAGGGGUCCGAGUGGAGAUCUUGGGUUUGAGCUGCAGGGAGGCGCGGAGAAUGGACAGUUCCCCGUUAUUGGAGAGGUGAAACCGGACAGGCGCAAACUGCACCAGGACGAGCUACUUCUGGAGGUCAAUGAUACUCCAGUGGCCGGACUGACCAUUAGGGAUGUGUGGGCUGUGGUCAGACACUGCAAAGACCCUGUCCGCCUGAAGUGUGUCAAACAAGGAGGUGUUGUGGAUAAAGAUCUCAGGCAGUAUCUCAACCUGCGUUUCCAGAAGGGCUCUUUGGACCACGAGCUGCAACAAAUAAUUCGGGACAACCUCUAUCUUCGUACGGUACCCUGUACAACCAGGCAACCUAAAGAAGGAGAGGUUCCAGGAGUGGACUACAACUUUGUGACCGUUGAGCGGUUUGUGGAAUUGGAGAAAAGUGGAGCUUUGCUGGAAAGUGGAACUUAUGAAGAUAAUUAUUACGGCACCCCGAAGCCCCCUGCAGAGCCCAGCCCACUGCUGCUGAAUGUAGCUGAGCAGCUGUUGCCAGGUGCUACACCCAGAUCACAGGGCAAACGCAGACGUAACAAGUCCGUCAGCAACAUGGAGAAGGCUGGCAUCGAGCCGCCCGAGGAGGAAGAGGAGGAGAGGCCCGUCAUCAACGGCAACGGAGUGGCCAUCACCCCAGAGUCUAGUGAACAUGAAGACAAGAGUACGGACGCCUCAGGAGAGAUGCCCACCACAUGCCCCUCCGAGACCUCCACAGAUGCCCCGAAAGAAGAAACAGAAGCACCCAAAUCGCCGCCCAAACUGGAUGAGAAUGAUGAGUUGGGUCCUCUGCCAGAUAAUUGGGAGAUGGCUUACACUGAGAAAGGAGAAGUGUACUUCAUAGACCACAAUACGAAGACGACGUCCUGGUUGGACCCCAGGCUUGCGAAGAAAGCGAAGCCCCCUGAAGAAUGCAAAGAGAACGAGCUUCCUUAUGGCUGGGAGAAAAUCGAUGACCCUGUUUAUGGAACCUACUAUGUUGAUCACAUAAACCGAAGGACUCAGUUUGAGAAUCCAGUUCUAGAGGCCAAGAGAAGAUUGCAACAGCAGCAGCAGAUGCAGAGUCAGGGCUUGUCCUCUCUCCCUCUACCUGCAGUCUACAGAGAGAAGCCUCUGUUCACGCGGGACCCCACGCAACUGAAGGGCAGCUUUCUGUCUACAGCCCUGCAGAAAAGCAACAUGGGAUUUGGCUUCACUAUCAUCGGUGGUGACGAACCGGAUGAGUUCCUACAGGUCAAAAGUGUCAUACCUGACGGCCCUGCUGCACAGGAUGGAAAAAUGGCUACAGGAGAUGUGAUCGUCUACAUUAACGACGUCUGCGUCCUGGGCACCACCCACGCUGACGUGGUGAAGCUUUUCCAGUCAGUGCCAAUCGGACAAAGCGUAACCCUCGUUCUUUGCAGGGGUUACCCUCUUCCGUACGACCCAGAGGACGCAGCCAACACUUUGCUGUCCCCCCUCGGCCUAAUUGAUCGCCCUCUGCUGGUCAACGGACGGAACAGCUACGACAGCUACAUGGAAUACAUCUCCCGCACUGCUCGUUUCGUCGACCCACUCCAAGCAACGCUGGCGCAGCCUCACCCUGGAGACACCCACCUGGAUGCCGGACCGCUGGAGGAUAGUGUCUCGAUGGCGUCGUCAGGAGCAGCCGGAGGAGAGCUGUUAACGGUUACCAUGGUGAAAGGGGCGGAUGGGUUUGGAUUCACCAUAGCAGACAGUAAUGGAGGACAGCGGGUGAAGCAGAUUCUGGAGGCGCAGGGAUGCCCGGGGCUGUGCGAGGGUGAUCUGAUUGUGGAAAUUAACCAGCAACCCGCACUAACGCUGUCACACACGCAGGUGGUGGAGCUGCUAAAAGAGUGUCCUGUUGGGGCGGAGGCUACUUUGGUUGUGCAGAGAGGAGGUGCAGGUCACUUUUCACCUUGGAAGACCUCUAAACAGGUCUUGGAGCAUUGGGAUCCUCACAGCAGUCCCACAGCCAGUCUAUCUAUCCAUGCUCUCCCUCACAGCGCUCCAUAUCUGCACUGGCCCCCAGGUCCAGAGUUUGAUCUGAGCAAACCUGACCCCUAUGACCUGUAUGAGAAGUCCAGGGCUAUCUAUGAGAAUAGGCAGCCAGGGCUUCCUCGAGCAGUUCUCCCAGUUGACCCUUCUGCAUCGGAGUUCCAGGAGGUGGAGGUGCACUUGCGCCGGCAGAAGUCCGGUUUCGGCUUUAGGAUCCUGGGCGGGGAGGAACCAGGACAGCCUGUGAGUCCGGAGGCUCAGGAGAAGAUCCUGAUUGGUGCAAUCAUCGAGAAAAGCCCAGCCGAUAAAGACGGGCGUCUCCGACCAGGAGACGAGCUGAUGUCAGUCGAUGGGAUCCCUGUGGCUGGAAAACCCCACCGUUAUGUUAUUGACCUCAUGCAUGGGGCGGCCCGGACUGGGCAGGUUAAGCUUACCGUACGACGGAGAAUUCAGCCCACAGGUGAGCCCUGUCCAGAGAACGGCCGCAGUCCUGGAUCUACCCAACACAGUUCCCCCAGGAGUGACUUCAACUCCAGAAUGUUCUGUAACAACUCCGCCCCCUCGCAAAACUCCGCCCCAUCCACCACAGGCUCCUCCCCACCAGACACAGUAACCAAUCAGAAUCUGCAGCCUAGUGACGUCACCAUCCAGCGCAAGGAGAGCGAAGGGUUCGGAUUCGUUAUUAUCAGUUCACUGAACAGGCCUGAAUCCGCGGCUGCUGCUGCCGUGCCUCAUAAAAUCGGUCGGAUCAUUGAGGGAAGUCCAGCAGACCACUGUGGGAAGCUCAAGGUUGGAGAUCGCAUACUGGCCGUCAACAAUCAGUCUAUCGUCAACAUGCCACACGCCGACAUCGUCAAACUGAUCAAGGACGCGGGACUCAGCGUCACACUCAGGAUCAUCCCUCAGGAGGAGACGAACAGCACGCCUUCUGCAGGCAGCUCAGAGAAGCAGAGCCCUAUGGCCCAGCCCAGUCCAGUUUGCCAACCCAGCACUGUGAACCAGACCGGUGCUGCCCCUCCACCCAACUCCACCCCUCAACUCAACUCUGCACCUCAACCCAGCUCCAUAUCGCAGCUUAGUUCAGAAGCACAACCGAGCCCUGUCACUCAAACCAGCCCAGCCAAUCAGCCCAGCUCAGUGACCCAACAGAACCCACCCACCCAACCCUCCGCAGUGCCAGUACAGAUCUACAGCCACGACAGCAGCUACAGGUCAGAGGUGAAAGCAAGACAGGAUGUAAAACCCGAUAUUCGGCAGCCGUUUACUGAUUACCGCCAACCCCCGGUGGACUACAGACACCCUCCUGUAGCAGACUACCGACAGCCACCAACGCUCGAUUACAGACAUCCCCCGCUGCUGGACUACAGACAGCUGUCCACUGACCCUCGUACUUUUCCCUUACCGGACUACAGGAUGCCACAGGAUUUUGAUUUCUUCACGGUUGAGUUGGAAAAGGGGAUGAAAGGUUUUGGCUUUAGUAUCCGUGGAGGCCGCGAGUAUAAGAUGGACCUGUUCGUUCUGCGAUUGGCUGAAGACGGACCAGCAAUACGCAAUGGAAGAAUGAGGGUUGGUGAUCAGAUCAUUGAAAUAAAUGGGGAGAGCACGAGGGAUAUGACCCACGCUCGGGCCAUUGAGCUCAUCAAAUCGGGUGGCCGUAGAGUUCGCCUGCUGCUCAAGAGAGGCACAGGGCAGGUCCCUGAGUAUGCAGAUAGUCCCACCCCCUGGGAUGCUCACACUACAGCCUCCCCAAGUCUGUCGGAAGUAGCACCACCCCUCGACAGCUUAUCUAAUCCAUCAGCUUCUUCUCAUGUGAACCCACCCACCGACCCACCUCAUACAUCGUCCUUGGAAGCAGCAGGUCCAGACUGUUCCCAGGGUCCUAGAGGCCCAGAGAGUAGGGCUCUGGAGCAGGCCAGUGUGGGGAAGAGGUCAGCCCUGGCAGGUGGAGUUGGGGGUGGGACCAAGCAGAGGGACGGUAGUAGGGCCAACCAUCGCUCUAGUGGAGGGAAGAGUCAGCAACAAUACCUUGAUGAACUUGCGGGAGAGCCCAAAUCCCACAAAAGCAGUCGGGCGAAGUCCAAGGAACGCAGGAGGGAGCGGAGCAACACGCCGUCUCGAAAACGAGACUCGCCUAAAACAAUUCCAAAUGACACCAACAUGAAUGGGGGAAACGGAUGCCUGGAUGGUAGCAACAACCAACAAGGAGUUCUGGUGCCAUUCAAAGCCCUACCAAAGGAACCAGAGAAAGGGCAAAUGAGCCAAGAGUGUCGUCCCAGCCACAACUCCAAGACCAGCAACAGUGCACCAGGCAGGAAGGCCACAGUAUCCCCAGGACCCUGGAAGAUCCCUGGUACGGACAAGCUACCCAGUACCCUGCGCUCAGCCACCUCCACCAUCAGCAGAUAACAUCUCAGGCCCAACUUUUGGCCUUGGACCAACCUUUGGCCAUGACCCGCCUUGUUUUGGGGCUGGCUGGGCUCUUCUUGAUUGCUUUUCACAGGCUUGCUCUACUCGGAAGAGAUCGGUUUUAACCUUGACUAGGUACCACCUUCCCACAAUCCUCACUAAAGACCUUUCCAUGCAUUUCUAGACAGAGCAUUUUUUAUUUAUAUUUUAUUCUAAGUUAUUUUAACAGAUACGACACCCACCACCUUAAGAACUGGAAGCAUUCACUCCAAAAACGGAACCACGGUAGAAUGAGUGAUGCAUGUAGCGUGCAAAAAGAAUCCCAGACUUGUUUGAACUGUUGGGGAAAAGCACUCAAGACUCAGAGAUGUACAUGCAUAGAGAACCACUUACUGACUCUGAACCACCACCGGUGGCUGCAGCAAUUUUUAUACACUUUCAUUAAAAAAUGAAGAAUACUGAAGGAGUUGCCUGACAUACAGUUUUUGUGUAUUUGAAGAAUGAAUAUGAUUAAAAAGAUUCUAUAUGAGCGGACACUCGACUAUGGAACUCUGCCUUAAAGACUGACCUGCAGAUGUCUGUAUAAGGGUCGGUAAAAUGAAUAUAGAAAUAGAUAUAUUAUAUGACUACAUAUAUGUGAGACAUAUUGUAAAUAUGGUCUUUACACACCAUUGUGAGCCCAUACUGCAGUAUUGAUAUCAUACACAGUGUAAGUUAGAAGAGUGUAAUCUAGAAUUCAUUCCUACUCCACUUUAAGGUGCAUUCCCACUGACAGCGAUAUAAACUUGAGUGGUUCCCACUCAACUUCAAUAUAGAACUAUAACAGGAAACAGAUCACAUGACCUUCACUGUCUACACUGACAUCAGUAGUUGCAACGGGCCAACAGUCGGUGACCUCUCGUUGAUGAUUUAUGACUACCAGUUGCUGCAAAUCGCUGUCAGUGUGAGUACCCAAUUUCUGAAGGAGCCAAUGGGCUUUGACCUUCUCUUGACUCUCAAUCUGUUCUCCCUUUACGUGAGUACAUGAACAAAGCAAUUUGAGUCCAAGAUGGUUUUGAUGAAAUAUAGAAUGGUUUGAUUAGGGCAGAGUGCCUUAUUCCAGGGGUGUCCAAUCCUGCUCCUGAAGGGCCACUGUCCUGUAGAGCAGGGAUGGGCAACUUCAUUCCUGGAGGGCCACUAUCCUGCAGAGUUUAGCUCCAACACCAAACACACCUGAAUAAGCUAAUCAAGGUCUUCAAGAUCACUAGAAAGCUACAACCAGGUGUGUUUGAUUAGGGUUGGAGCUAAACUCUGCAGGACAGUGGCCCUCCAGGACUGAAGUUGCCCAUCCCUGCUGUAGAGCUUAGUUAGGGGCUGUCCUAACUUGAUCCUGGAGGGCCAGUGUCCUACAGAGUUCAGCUCCAACUUACCUCAAACACACCUGACUAACAUUUUCUAGUAUGCCUAGUAAGAAUUAGCUGAUUCAGUUAGGGUUGAAGCUAAACUCUGCAGGACAGUGGACCAAGACCGAAGUUGCCCAUCCCUGCUGUAGAGCUUAGCUCAGGAGUGUCGAAACUCGGUCCUGGAGGGCUAGUGUCCUGUAAAGUUUAACUCCAACUUGCCUCAACACACCUGCCUAGAAGUUUCUAGUAUGCCUAGUAAGAAUUAGCUGAUUAAGGUGUGUUUAAAUAGGGUUGAAGCUAAACUCUGCAGGACAAUGGCCCUCCAGGACUUCAGUCAACUUCAGUCCUGGAGGGCCACUGUCCUGCAGAGUCUAGUUACAACCCUAAUCAAAUACACCUGAGAAAGAUAAUCAAGGUCUUCAAGAUCACUAGAAAGCUACAACCAGGUGUGUUUGAUUAGGGUUGGAGCUAAACUCUGCAGGACUGAAGUUGCCCAUCCCUGCUGUAGAGCUUAGUUUGGGGAUGUCCAAACUCGAUGCCUAGUAAGAAUUAUUAUUAUUCAGGUGUGUUUAAUUAGGGUUGAAGCUAAUCUCUGCAGGACAAUGGCCCUCCAGGACUGAGUUUGGAAACCCCAUGCUUAGCUCCAAUACUAAUCAUACACACCUGAACCAGCUAAUCAAGGUCUUCAGGAUUACUACUGCAGUACAUUGGCCCACCAGGAGCAGGAGUGGACAUCCCUGCCUUAUGCUGACGACUUGAUGCUUUAUUUGAGCUAUAAAUCCUAGGCAACGACAUCAAGAUGAAAAACGUAGGCUGCUAUAAAUUCAUUGGACUACUUGUUCCGUAGAAACUGUGCAGCAGUAAUGCCAGAACUGAAUGAGUAUGUCAUCACAUCCCCGUUUCUGAAUGCGUUUGGUGUCUGGAGAAGCCGGGUUAUGUCCACAGAAUAGAUAUAUCGAUAUAAAAUUCAAAGCUAUUUUCGUACAUAGAUAGGUGAGAGUUAUCUAAAAGAAGUGCAGAUAUUUAUUAAGGAUAUCUUUGACAGGAGUUCAAAUGUUUGUUGAGCACUUUGUCUUUAAGUAGACAUGUAUACCUAUAAAAUGCAGUACUGGAAAGAGUAUAUGCUGUGCAUCCAUGAUAUUCAUUGAAUAUUUCUGAGGACGUUAUUUCUCAAAAUCCUUCUAUGAAAACUUGUUUAUUAGCAUAUUCCCGAUAUAAACGGUUGUGCGUUUGUAAGUCUCUUUCACAUGGUUCAUGUCAACACACAAGCUUGCUAAUAGCAAUGGGUAAUAGCAAAUUGUGAAAGUACAUGAAAGAGGUAACGUAUGCUAUUGUCAUAAAUUUGUUUUUUCUUCGAAUGUCAUUGUCCACCUUGUGCUGUAUUUGGACGUAUCUACACAGUCUAUCAGUCUCUAACAGCUUAGCUAGGAGGCUAAGAUGAAGCUUGCUAAUCGAAGGCAAACUGAAAACACAAAGAACCAAUUAAAAGGUCUUAGCUAAUGGAAUUGUUUUUAGAUUUCUUGGUUACGCUUCAAAAAGGCCAAAGUAAUUGUGGUCAAAGUUGAAAUUGUUUGAACUUUAAGUACGUUACGCAUCUUUGUGCUACACGGCUAGGUGGCUAAAGGCCCAUUCUCACCAAGGCGAUAAUGAUAGCUAUAAAGUUGCAACAAUUAUUCUAAUUCUAUGAGAGUAGGGUAAUGAUGUGGAGUAGAGGAGAAUCACUUUCAGAAUUUUUUUCUUUUUAUUUUUUUCAGUGAUAAAAUCACUGACAAUCAGAAUCAGACAAUCCACAACUUUAAAAUUGAGUUAGCAUUUAAAGCAGCAGAUGACAACUGCUUAAACAGAACAAUAUUGUGCAUUGAUGUGGAUGCUAACUUCGUUAACAUUAUAGUUAUCAUUCUUGGCUUCAACGGGACUCUAGCAUGAUUUUUUGCUCUACUGAAUUUAAUAGAUUGGGAAACGAUGUGAGUCAUGUGAAAGGGCCUUAAUAUUUGGGCUUUAAAUGUAACUAACUGGAACAUUAAGAUGUUAUGGAAAAAACUUUCUUUUACAUCUAAGCCUCAGUAUAUGUUAUUAUUCUUUGUUUUCUAUCAUAAUUCACAUUUUUAUGAGUUACAUUGCUAUUAAUGCCACUGUCAGCAUUUUAGAAUCACUUGAAGAUGAAAUGGGUCGUUUCUGUGCAACUAGUGGAAUCAAACAAAACUGCAAAUUAUUGGCUCAGCCAACUGCAUGAUUUUGAGGGAGUGUUUUAAUCGUUUAUGAUUUCUAUACAGAUUUUAUAACCGAUAGUGGCACAGAAAUGACACACUUCACAUGUCAAGACCCCAAAGGUGCUUCAAUGUGUAUUCUACCUGCAAUACUGUCAAAAAUGUUGUAAAACUAUUCACAAAUUUUAUAGUUUUGUUCACUUUAAUUAUUAUAUACAGUACAUGUCAAUUGUAGUUCCUGUCAAAGGGACCCCAGACCUCAUUCGUUCUAUCCAUUGUCAUAUUAUAAUAUCGUCUCUAUUAUAUUCAUCUCCCACAGAAAUAAAGCGAUGACGGGUUCCACUGA